CAUUCACAAUCAUUUUUUUUUUGGUAAAAACGAAUGACAGUUAAAAUGAAUUUCAAAUAAUUCAUUAUUUUGGCGCGAAAACUGUUUUAUACGCAAACGUUAUUCGCAAACGAUAUGCGCGCUCAUGUUGGCGAAUACGGGAGAAGGGUAAAAGAAAGAAGAAGAGAAAAGAACAAACUCGCGAACCGCCGAGGGGAAAGAGGCGGAGAUGCGCGAUCGCGUGUGAUUGUAAAGACUAUAUACAACUCAACGACUUGUUUUAGUUUUUAGUUAUAUUACACACGUAAACGUGAGUCGUGAAUGCGUUAUAUUCUCCGAGUUUCGCGCGUGUCUUUAUCACAUACUCACGUGUUUAAUUUAAAAUAAUAUUCUCGGACUAAAUAAAAUAUCCAAGGAAUUAUUUAUUGUCGCGUAAUAUAAUUAAUGUACUUAUUUUUUAGUACAGUAAGAAUGUAAUGUACAGAGGCGUGAUUGUCGCGUUAGUGGUCCGCGGGGCGAGUGUUUGGUGAACGGAACGGCGAUUUAGAGUAUCGCGAGUUUCAAAGUCGCGAUACAAGUUACGACCGAGGCUAAUAAAUAAUUUAAAAAAAAAAAUAAAUAACCAUCGGUAAAAUAAGUGACGGUGAUGUCAAACAUGCGGCGUAAAUUAUCACGAGAAAUAGUGAUAAAGGUGCGGAGUUUCAGUGUCCUGUUGAUUAAAAUUUGUUGGUAAAAUAUAAUUAGGGUGCCAAUGAGCCCAGAUUUAUGGCGGCGCGGGUGCUUUUGUUCGGCAUCUUGUUUACGGAAGUAGUGCUCGAGCCCGUUUGCGCCGCAGGUGGUAAAGGAACUGGUAAUAAUUUAAACGGUAACAAAAAUGGAUCGAAACGAGAUGGGGUGAAUUUAAACUUAAGUAAAAGUUUGAGCCAAAAUUUAAGAAUUGAGCCCGGGGGAUAUGUUGUGCUGGGAAGAAAGGGUGUUACUUUAAAUUGUUUACCAAGUAAUAAUCACGAUGUAUCUUGGCUUUACAAUGGCGAACCAGUACUACCAUGUGGGAUUGCAAGAUGCGAAAUUCUCGACAAUGGCUCACUUCAUUUUUACAAGAAACAAAAUUUGCAAUUGGCACAAAAAUCUAUUGGACGAAACGAAACGAUUAAUGAUAUGUAUAAAAAACACGAGUAUCGAUGUAUUGGACGGACUUCUUCUGGAGGAUUUUUACGAUCUUCGCCGGUAUUCAUACAAAUUGCUGAUCUUUCAUAUACUUUUAAGAAGUCUCCUAAUGAUAUAACGGUACAUGAAGGAGAAAUUACUAGAUUAUCCUGUUUAAUUGAUAGUAUACCGUAUCCUCCGAAUAUUACAUGGCAGUAUAAUGGAAGAUUUUUAUUAUCAGAUCGCAAUAAUACAAAUAGAUAUAUCAUGGUACCACCAGGUGUUCUUUAUAUAACUUCAACAAAACAGUCUGACGCUGGCUUAUAUAGAUGUAUAGUUACAAAUGAUUUUAUUAAAAAAACCAAAAAAAGCAAAGAGGCAAAACUGACAGUUAUUCCAAAAAUAAAAUUACAAGAAUCAAACAUUCCAGCCUCAUUAUUCCCACAAAGUUAUUAUAAUUAUUCUUUAAUUAAUGGAUCGAAUGUUACUCUCGUUUGUGCAGUAUCUGGUAAUCCAUUAUCAUUUUUAAAGUGGUCAUUUGUACCACAACGUUCAGAUGGAGCCAAUUCAGCGCAACCUCGCAUUCUUCUUAACUCAACUACCGGUAUCAGUAUACUCGAAUUAAAAAAUGUCAGCAUUUUUCAUGCUGGCACUUAUCUAUGUUCCGUAGAAAAUGUUGUCACUGGCGCUAUGGAGAUUCAGAAUAUAACUGUAGAUGUAACAGUUCCUCCAACGUUUAUUAAAAAACCAAUAAAUCAAAAUUGUCCCAAUGGUAGAACAGCUAGAUUUGAAUGUCAAGCUGAUGGAGUACCAACUCCAACUAUAUAUUGGCUCAAAGAUGCGGAAAAUAUUACAGUUAAUGGACGGAAAACAAUUUAUGUAAAGGAGAAUAAUAAAGUGGAGCUGGCGAUUUCAGCUACAGUACCAUCUGACUCUGGUGAUUAUCAGUGUGUGGCUGUUAAUUCUGCCGGAGAAAUUUGGGCCGCUGGUCGGUUACAAGUUAACGCGUCGCGUAAUAGUCCUGCUGCCCCGACUGAAUUAAAAUGUUACGCGCCAUCACCAGUUAAAAUAACUAUCUCAUGGAUUCCACCACAAUCUUUGCCACCUUCUAGUAUUACUGCUUACACUGUUCAUUAUAGUCCUGAAGAAGGUGGAAAAGAAGAAGUUUCACCAGAACCAGGCAACUCAACGUCCGUUGAAGUAACAAAACUUCUUGAGCCAUACACGAAUUAUUCAUUUUACGUGAGGGUUUGGAAUAAUCAUGGAGCUAGUGAUCAAUCAGCCACAAUUGUGUGUGCUACUGCGCCAAGUGUUCCAAAAACCGCGCCAAAAGUAACUGUGGAUGUUUUAAGUUCUACAAAAUUAAACAUAACGUGGCAACCUUUGACGAAAAAAGAAGCAAGGGGUGCUGUCGUUGAGUACAAAAUUCAAUGGAGGCUUCAUGAACAUCCUUCGUAUCGAGUAAUUUUUGUUCCUGCUAAUGUUGAACAUCAUUUAUUGACUGACUUAUUACCAGGAGCACAAUAUGAUUUACGAGUAUUAGCAAGAACAGAAAAAGGAUGGCCGAAUAUCAGUGAAUCUCUUCUUGGAUGGAACACAGUCGUAAUGCCUACUGUUGAUACUGAUAAUUACAACAUUAGAAAUAUUUUGGAUGUUGAGAUGAUCAACAUGAAUGCUUCUCAUUUAAAGAUGAAAUGGCAAAUAAAAGAGGCCGAUUUUGAAACAUUUAAAUUCGACUCAUGGCAAAUAUAUUGCGAAUCUGUCAACGGUGAUAAAUUAUUUACUGCGUUAUUGGACAAAAAUUCUACAGAGUAUUUAUUUACGAAUCUCGAACCAAAUAUUUCUUAUACAGUGGGCUUAUGUAUCGUUACUAAAGGAGUGUCCAGUGAUUGUAUAUUAAAAAUUAUAAAAUCCAUUUAUUAUGAAUCUGGUAAUAUUCCUGUAGCUUUAGAGGCUAAUCCAUUAUCACCAUCAUCAAUUCAAUUAACUUGGACUGUAAUAAAUAAAACUAGUGUAGAUCAAUAUCAAGUUUGUUAUGAACCAGUAGAGUAUCCAGAUUAUAAUUUAUCUAAAUGUGUUUUUGUGAAUGAUACCAAAGCAAUUAUUGGUGAACUCAAAGCAUUUACAUUGUACCGAUUCAAAGUAAGAAUGUUACAAAAAGAUUUAAAUAGCAGUCAGUUUAGUGAAAGCAUCGAGUGUUAUACAAGUGAAGAUGUCCCUGGUAAACCUGAAGAAGUGCAAGUUUUUCAAAAUGGUACAAAAAUACGUGUGGUUUGGAAGGAGCCGAGCAAAACAAAUGGAAUAAUAUUAUCAUAUUUUUUAUCUUAUUAUUCAUCGGACUUAAUAAAUUCCACAUUAACGUGGGGUAAUAUGACUGUACCUGGAAACAAAACUUCUGUAAUUUUGCCUGAUUUACCACUGGGAGAACGUUAUUAUAUUAUGGUACAAGCAGCAACUAAGGCUGGAUAUGGAAGACGUUCUGAUCCUAUUUUUAUAUUUACGGGAGUCAGUUUGUCUAAAACCUCUACUUCAUCAGACAAACAAAAACCACCAGCUAAAUCAAAACCGGAUCAAAGUCUUGGUAUCAUAUUAGGUGUGGGUAUAAGUAUUUGCUUUAUACUGAUAAGCCUGUGUAGUAUAUACUGUCGUAAAAAAUGGGAACACUCACGAUCACUUCGAGAAAGUGCUCAGCCAUUUAAAAAUCGUAUUUUUUCAAGAAAUAGUACUACGUGUUGUAUUGAACAAUCAUCGACUUCAGUGAGUCAGCAAGUCAACAAUCGAAUUGGUUGUAAUGAAAUUGAACUGGCGGUACUUUGUCCAUCAUCGCCGACCUCGACGAACCCACAAUUAGACACUAAAGGUACGCUGGCAAAUGGUAUCGAAACGGGAGCUAAAGAGCCGCUUUUGACUUCUUGGAAUUCAAAUGAAGAAAAUCGAGAUUUACAUAUUACGGAAAAUAUACAAUACAAACAAAGCGAUAGUCCAGUUUUAAAAAAACAGUCCAGGUCCGAUGAAGAUUUGAAUAUCACCGAGCUUACAACAAUCGACUGUACUCUGAACAACAGCUCUACCAGUUUAAAUAACAAUCUCGGUUGUCCAGUGUCAACUCCAAAGAAAAUAAUACCGCCAGUGAUUCCUGUGUUGGAGCCGAAUGGAUGAAGACAAUUUUUAGUACGUAGCUCAAACAACCGCAACACCAAUGAACAAUAACAGCGACAUUAAUUAAAGUUUGUAUAAAAUAAUAAGGUAGGUUCAAUAUUAUUACAAACAAACAAACAAUAUUUUUAAUUACGCUAAAAUUAUUUACCUGAAAAAAUUACAAAUUGAGGAAAGAUUAGUAUGAGAACAUGAUUCGAUCAUUAGUAAUUAAAUCAAAAAACAAAAAAUUAUUGGGUAUAAAAAAAAUGUUCGUGAUCUAUUGAAAAAAAAAAAAAAAAAAAAAUCACCUGAUGUAAAGAAUCAUUUUAUUCAUGCAUAUAAAGAGUAUCAUAGUUUUUUAAAAAAAAGAGAAAAUAAGAAAAAAAAAUCAUGUGAAAUUUGAAAAUUUCAUCUCAAAUUGCUUAUAUAUUAUAGUUGUUAUUAAGCGUAUAUAUAAUUAUCAUUGAAAAGAAAAAAAAAAAAUAAUAAUUCGGUAGCGCUUGGAUUUAUAAGCGCAAUUGAAUACAAAUUCAAGUGUAUUACGAGCUAUGUGCCUCGAAAAGUUGAUUUAAAAAAAAAUGAUGAUUGACAAAAUAACAAAGAAAUGAUGAUUGCUCACGUUUAAAUGAGAUAUUGGAGGUUCGAUUAAUUAAGUAAAAUUAAGUAAGAUUAUUAAUGAUUCACAAAUAAAAUACAAUGUACAUAAUAUUACAAUUUAAGAGAUUGAUUAAGAACAAGUACACAAGAAAUAACUUUCGAAUAUUCGUAAUGA